CCCAGCAUCAUCAAUGGGUUUGCUUUGCCCCUGAAGACGGAGCACAAACAGUUCCUGGUCCGCGUGCUGAUCCCCCUCCAUUCGGUUAAAUCCCUGUCCAACUUCCAUGCCCAGCUGGCAUAUUGCGUAGUACAAUUCCUGGAAAAGGAUGCCACCCUGACCGAGCAUGUGAUCCGGGGAUUGCUAAAAUACUGGCCUAAAACCUGCACCCAGAAGGAGGUGAUGUUCCUGGGGGAGAUGGAGGAGAUUCUGGACGUCAUCGAGCCCUCCCAGUUUGUCAAGAUUCAAGAGCCACUCUUCAAACAGGUUGCCCGAUGCGUCUCCAGCCCCCACUUCCAGGUUGCAGAGCGGGCUCUGUAUUUCUGGAACAAUGAGUACAUCCUGAGCCUCAUUGAGGACAAUUGCCACACUGUGCUGCCCGCUGUGUACGGGACCCUCUACCGAGUCUCCAAAGAGCACUGGAACCCGACCAUCGUGUCUCUCAUCUACAACGUGCUCAAAACCUUCAUGGAGAUGAAUGGAAAGCUCUUCGACGAGCUCACGGCUUCCUACAAACUGGAGAAGCAGCAGGAGCAGCAGAAGGCCCGGGAACGGCAGGAGCUGUGGAAGGGCCUGGAGGAGCUCCGGCUGCGGAGGCUCCAGGGGGCGGACGAAGGCUCGCUGCAGCGGCUCGGGGCCAGGCCAGCUCCAGGAGGGGAGCAGAGCUAGAGAGACCCCCCACCCCGCCACAUACACACAGGCAGUUGAACCAUUCAUCCCAGCCCCACUGCUCCCCAACCCCCACCCUGCCCCCCGGGGCCGUGCCAGACUGUGAGGCAAGCCCCCUCCCCACCUGCCUGCCCGCCCGUGCCAGACGUGGGGAUGGCCUGGCCUGGGGGAGAGGGAAGGCCCUGGGGCAUCUGGGGGGCAGAGCUCUCUAGCCAUCCCAGACGGACUUGAUGGGCCAAGGGCCCCGGGAGCUGGCAGCGAGGGGUUGGCACCCCCCCAGGCUGGGCUCCGGUAGCUUCAGGGGCCCCAUUCACCCCUCCCACCUCACCCCAAAAGACCCUGGACCCACCCUGGGAGCACCUCGUGCCAGCGCGAGGGCCCUCCCUCUCUCCCUGCCCAACCCAUGGACUCCGGGAUAUAUUUAUUGCCCUCCCCCAGCCUCAGUCUUGGGGCGCCCCUCCCCCUGCAAAACUUCUUCCUCUUUUUAUUUAUUGGGCAGGGAGGGGCUGGGGAGGGGCAGGGGAGAGGGGCCCCGAGGUCCUGGGGAUGGGGGGGUCCUACACGAAUCACGCCCUGCCCCCCCUUCCCACUCUUGGGGGUGGGUUGAAUAAAGAGAGAAACUGCA